AUGAAGCUGCUACUACUUGGAGAUGCGUUUGUUGGCAAAACGUCCUUACUGAUUCGGUUUAAGGACAAGACAUUCCUUAAGGGCAGCUACAUUUCCACCGUUGGGAUUGACUACAAGACAAAGUUAAUCAGUUGUGAGGGAAAGUUGGUGAAAUUGCAGCUAUGGGACACCGCAGGGCAGGAACGCUUUCGAAGUCUCACGAAAUCCUACUAUCGUGAUGCUGAUGGCUCGCAUGCACCGAGCUCAACAGUAGUGGCGAUUGUGGGCAAUAAAAUGGACGACUCUGGGAAACGCGCAGUUAAGACGCAUGAUGGCGCCUCCCUAGCUGCCGAAAAUGGGGCCCUCUUUUUGGAAACAAGUGCAAAAGCCGGAACAAAUGUUGACUCCGCCUUUCUUUCCAUAACAAAGCAAGUUGAUUUUCUCCUAAGGUUUUGUGACGAAGAAUGA